UGAUUGGCUGGAAGUUCUAGAGUAGUUUUUUUCCCUUACUGACCUCCGCUCUAUAAAACCCAUGAUGAUGUGAGAGCUUCACUCUUUUGAAGUGCGCAACAGAACCAAAUUGAUGGGAUUACUGAGUGGAAAGGGAAAAAUAAACUUUAACACUGGAUUAUCUUGUAUGGUGGAAUACCAGUUCUAAUAUUAGACUUCAGGCUGUGUAAUUCCACGUCUUGGUUAAUUUUGCCGUCAGACAUUCUCAACUCUGAUUUACAGCUUUCUAACGGUUUCUGACCUCUGAACAAGUGGUCUUUACGCACAUUUUGCGCCAUGGCGAACUCCUGUCUCCAAUUGAGCGGCUUUCUCAUCAGCUGCCUCGGCUGGCUGGGCAUCAUGAUCGCGACAUCCACCAACGACUGGGUGCAUAUGUGCAAAUACGGUUUGAACACCUGCAAGAAGAUGGAUGAGCUGGAAACCAAGGGACCUUGGGCUUUCUGUGUCAUCUCCACAGGAUUAUACCACUGCGUCUCCCUCACGCAGAUCCUGGAACUGCCAGCCUACAUCCAGACGACUCGUGCCCUGAUGAUCACAGGUUCAAUCCUGGGUCUCCCAGCAGUGGGGAUCCUCCUCAUGUCCAUGCCCUGCAUCAGCCUCGGCAAUGAACCCCAGAGCUCCAAGAACAAACGCACCAUCCUGGGAGGAGUCCUCAUAUUCAUAAUCGCAUUGUGUGGUAUGGUAUCUACAGUCUGGUUUCCCAUUGGGGCCCACCAUGAGCAUGGCCUCAUGUCAUUUGGCUUUUCUCUCUACUCUGGCUGGGUGGGCACUAUUUUCUGCCUGCUGGGUGGGGCCAUUCUCACCUGUUGCUCAUCAGAGUCCUCCUCCUACCAGGACAACAACCGCUUCUACUACUCCAGACAGGGAGGAGGCAACCCGCCACCGGCCUCCUCCAACAAUCACGCCAAGAGCGCCCACGUCUGAGCUGGGAGAGAUUCUGAAUCCCAAAGUGGAUGUGUCGGGGACUGUAGCUAGUUGUAUAUAGAGACAUAUACGCAACAGCACACAAACACACAUUUUCACAUUCAGCACAAUAACAACCACAUUCAAACAUAUACUGGAAGAGAAGGAGACACAUUCACACACUCAAUUAUGUUGGGUUAUGUGAAGGAAACUUCUUCAAUGAGCAACCCCCCCCCCCAAAAAAACAUACAUAAAA